CGAACUGGAUCUUGAGACGCGUUUGAUCAUCUGGGGUCCCCACCACGGAUCCCGGAAACGAUCUCUGGCCUGCGCCAAUUCGCUGCCUUUUAACCUUGAAACUACUAGCGCAAGGGUUGCAAUGCGCCGAACUCGCAGCGCCGCCUGCACCCGUCUUUGAUCGUGCGACUCUUUUGUUCUUCUGCAACCUCGCUUUCGCUUCUAAUAAUAAGGAGGGCCGGGCGAGUCCACCCGGCGACCCCUGCAUGAAGAGUUGGGACGACUUCCCGAAAGCACCAUCGCAGGAAGAAAGUCUUGGCAAAAAAGUGGCAAGGGUACUGGAGAAAGCGACUUCGAACCAUAAAGCCAAGCCCUCGUCUGCUUCCCUCUCCGUCGUGGCGAGUUUGGUUUCUGUUCGAUUUCACCGCCGUCGCUCUCUUUGAUCUUUUCUCGUUUACUAAUUACGCUCGUUUUUGGACGGCUGGCCCAUCUAAUUUUAAUUCUUCUCUCAAAAUGGUUUCCUCCAGCCUCUUCUCGGCUGCCCUGUUCUCUGCGUUGGCGGCAGCGCAGAAAUGCAACCUGCAGUUCGAUGGCCGUCUUCCUAAAGACCUCGUCGCUGCCGACCUGGAUGUGACGAACGACUUCUUUGACCCGAACAACGUCCUCGGGAAAGGGCUCAAGGUCAGCCAGGUCUCGCGCAUCCUGCCCGCCGGCGCGGGCGGUUUGUUUGACGAGGGCGUCGAGGCCCAGCCCGUCGAGGUGCUGAUCAGCGACGCGUCCAUCUUCAACGACCAGGUCGGCUUCCGGCGGUCCGAGCUGCUACCCGCUAGUAACGACGGGUCGGACCCCAGCACGCAGGGCGUCAAGACUGUGCACUUCAGCGUCAAGAAGGACAACGUGCGGCUGCUGAACCUCACGCACGAGUACCAGCUGUUCUUCCUCGAGAGCCAGGACUUCAGCACGAACCAGGUCGUCUUGAAGACGGGCACCAUCCUCGGCCAGAACACGCCCGACCCGGACACGCUGCAGCUGUUUGGCAACGUCAACGACAACCCGCCGCAGCUGCUCUUCAGCACCAAGUUUCUGCCCGACACGUUUAACAACUUUGCCCUGACGCUCGACUUUGACAAGCUAACCACGCAAGUUUUCUUCUCGACGGGCCUGGACCCGCUCAAGCAGGUCACGGACGUGCUCAAGAACGACGUCAGCGGGCAGGGGCAGUUCCACUUUGGCGUGCUCAAGAAGGGCCUCAAUGGCGUCGGAGACAUAACUAAGAACGGCGAGCAGGAGGCGGGAAUCAAUGAGGGCAUAGCCUAUGGCGGCAUCUUUGAGGAGGACAGCGCCGACGGCUGCAUCAGCCUGUCCCCGUAAGUGCCCGUGGGAGUUUCGUCAUUUCCCCCUUUCUUCUCUGUCCCGUCGCUGAACCCAGAACACCCACCAUUUGAACUGGUAAACUUUUGUAUUGUACAUGCCAAAGUGUGCGCGUAUCUAACUGGACCUGACACGCCUAAUGCGAUAUAAUCUCUCCC